UCAGAUGCGGCAGAGAGCAUCUCUUAGCCAAUACCGGCUCUGGGCGGAGCUCCUGCCGGCUCUGUAGUCCGUAUGGUAGGUCGGAGAGACCCACUGGGCUCAGGAUGGCUACAGCGGCCGCAUCGGCGAGCAGCACGGAGAGAAGCGUUUUGGAGGAAGAAUUCAAAUGGCUCCUGAAAGAGGAGGUCCAUUCCGUUCUGAAGCAGCUGCAGGACAUCUUGAAGGAAGCUUCCCGGAGGUUUACGCUUCCCGGAGGUGUAGGCGAGGGCCCCACCAAACAAGAGAACUUUGCACUAGGGACCACAAGCUCGGAUCAAGUAAAGGGCAUAUUAACUCUCCAAGGGGACACCUUGUGUCAGGCUGAAGUGAAUCUGAAAACCCUGCGGACCAAUCAGCUCUUGCACUUUGCCUUCCGUGAAGACAAACAGUGGAAGAUGCAGCAGAUUCAAGAUGCUCGAAAUCACGUCAACCAGGCUAUAUACUUACUGACCAACCGCGGAGAGAACUACACAUUCCAGACUGGGGCAGAGGUGCUGAAGCUGAUGGACGCGGUAAUGCUCCAGCUGACCCGGGCUCGGAACCGCCUGACAACGCCAGCCACCAUGACCCUGCCAGAAGUAGCCACCAGCGGGCUCACGAAAAUGUUCACCCCGGCGCUGCCGCCUGACAUCCUGCUGAAUUUCUAUGUCAAUGUGAACAAGCUGUGCCUGCUGGUGUACCAGCUGCAUGCCCUCCAGCCAAACUCCACCAAGAAUUUCCGACCGUCGGGCAGUGCCGUCCUGCACAAUCCAGGAGCCAUGUUUGAGCUGAACAAUCAACGAUUUGAAGUCAGCCAUGUCCAUAAAGUGGAAUGCGUGGUGCCCUGGCUGAACGAUGCUCUGGUCUUCUUCACGGUGUCGCUGCAGCUCUGCCAGCAACUGAAGGAUAAGAUCUCCGUGUUUUCCAGUUACUGGAAUUUCAGACCAUAUUAAGGAGCAGAGCCCCCCCCCAUCUUUCCUUGUGGCUUUAUAGACUGCUGCCUACACCAUGUUCCACACUGGGAGAUCUCUCCCCAUUGGCCAGUUGGCUGUCAGGAGGUUUCCUGGAACAGACCUUCUGCCGCUGUUUGAAGUCGAUUCCCGUUGGAGUCACUGGCGACUUUAGUGAAACACUACAGAGAGACUGUGAUGGGCCCCGCCCCCAGAAUUCUACACAGUCACAAUUCUACUUGGCUUGUGUUGCACGACUCGUGUAAAUGUUGAAUAUGUGUAUAUAUGAUGUAUUUAUUCACCUCACAUUCCCCAGGCACGGGAUAGGGAGUCGUUCCUAUUGAGCUGCUCAUUGCCCACAGACAUUGUACAGAUGGAGCGGGAGUAAUGGAAGCAUCUGGCACACACAGCGAUGCCCAGUGCGUCUGCUCCAUCUGUGUGUGAGUCUGUGUGUGAUUCAGGCAGGCCCGGACUGGCAAUCUGUGGGUUCUGGCAAAUGCCAGGGCCUAUUUUGAAUGCCAGUCCGGAUCUGUAUCCAGGGUUAGUCUGGUAGUCAUGCGUAUCCCAGAAUCCUUUGCAGGCCCCUCUUCCAUUGUCCAUGUUAUUUUUAUUCUGUAUAUAGGACCAAAGCCCCUGAUGAGCAGGUAUCUGCAAUGUGCUUGAUAAAAGGGAAUGCAUCCCAUGGAACACUAGUGUUUUUUGUUACAGGAAUCCUCAGUAUUUAUGGAUUUAAACAUUUAUUUCUCCUUCUGUUCCUGGUUUUUGUACUGUCACAUGUGCAUGAAUAAAGUUUUUUUUGUGUGUAUCGAUAA